AUGACUACACCCGAGUCCAAGAUCAUCAUCGUUGGUGCCGGAGUCUUUGGACUCAGCACAGGUCUACACCUGGCCAAAUCUGGGUACAAAGACGUGACAAUCUUUGAUCGCUGCGCAUACGACCAGAAGUUCUACAACCCGGCGAACGAAGGUUGCGAUGGUGCGUCGUGCGAUAUCAACAAGAUCUUCCGGGCUACAUACGAGACCAAGAAGCACUCGCAAGACCUCGCCCUAGAGGCUCGCAAGAUAUGGCUGCAAUGGAACGAGCAGAUACGAACUAGCAAGCCUAGCGAUCUCCCAGCGCCCCUAACCCCUGACGAUGAGGUUCUUGUGAACUGCGGUGUCUUCCAUCUUGCCGACAAGCGUGAGAUGUUUCCACGUUAUCAGACGAAUCUUAAGGCUACUGCAGAGACUGCGCCUGAGUUUCGCGAUUUGAUGUACAUCAAAGACAACGCGGAAGAUGAGGAUCGAAUCAGAGAACGUGGCGGUCAGUGGCAUAACAAGUACCAUCGAUUCGAUCACAUGAGAAGGGGCGCCACCAAUGGAUUUCUUGACACUGGCGCUGGGAUUACUCUUGCGGACAAGGCCUGCGUUUACGCUCGCCAUCUCUGUGAAAAAGCAGGAGUCAAGUUUGUCCUAGGCGAACCACAAGGCUACCUCGAGUCUCUCAUCAUUGAAACUUUAGACAAGCAAAAACGAGUCGCCGGAAUCAGAACCAGAGAUGGCUCCUGUCAUUUGGCAGACGUCGUGGUUGUUGCCUGUGGUCCCUGGUCAGCAUCCGUCAUCCCAGAAGCACAUCGCACAGUCGAAGCCACAAUGGGAACCGUCAUGUUUAUGGACAUCCCAGAAGACCGACAAGACCUUCGCAAGAAGUUCCACUCAGACAACAUUCCCGUAUGGAGAUUCAUUGAAGAAGACGCAGACGGUGGCUAUGAAGGCGGAGGCUUCCCUAUCACUGCAGAGGGUAGGCUGAAGUUCGGCUUUCGAGCAAGAAAGUUCACAAACUUCCAGCCUCAUCGAACUCAAGCCGACUUGAAGAUCUCUACGCCACGAACGAAAUGGAGCGCCAAUCCAAUUCACACAGUGCCUUCGUAUGGUCUCGAACGCAUGAAGAAAGUCAUUGGCGAGCUCUUUCCAGAGUUGACCGAGAUUGGAUUCACGGAUAGUCGACUCUGUUGGUACACAGACAGUAUCGACAACGAGUUCGUUAUCGAUUACGUCCCCAACUAUGGCGACUCUCUAUUCAUUUGCACUGGAGGCUCUGGUCAUGGCUUUAAGUUCUUACCAAUUCUUGGGAAAUACGUCCGGCAGCAGUUAGAGAAGACGCCAGGUGCAUUCACAAAAAUCUGGAAGUGGCGAGCUGUCGAGGAGGGCAAGGCUGCCAAUGGGCUGGAGGAGGGCGAAGCUGGACCAAGAGAGAUGUCGAAGCUCAGGUUGGCGAGCCCUGAGGAUUUCAAGUUCGCAGUCGUUCAGGCUGCCAAUGUACCCGAAAGCCUGGCCAAAUUGACGCUGGACGGUACGAAGUCUUCACACAGGAUUAUAGGGGCAGCCUAG